AUGCCGGAGACAGCUGGGGAAUACGUAGAUAUCCCAGCGCUUCUCAAGGGCAUUCUGAAUGGAUAUCCUGGGAAUACAGCCAUCUUCCGAGAGUAUCUCCAAAACACAGAUGAUGCCCAAGCAACAACCCAGGACUUUGUGCUCGAUGAGCGUGUUUUUCCCUCUGAAAGACUCCUGGACCCAUCGCUAAAGGGAAGCCAGGGACCUGCUUUACUGGCGGUCAACAAUAAAGUUCUCGAGGAGACAGAUUGGACGGCGCUUCAAAAGAUUCACUCAUCGAGCAAAGCAGAGGAUGAAAGUCGGACUGGGAAGAAUGGGCUCGGAUUUAGGGCAUCGUAUCAUCUCACGGAAAAUCCCCACCUUCUUUCCGGACGCAAACUUCUUGUCCUCGAUGCCCACCGCCAUUUUAAUCCUCACGCUGGUGGUGUUCUUAUCGACUUUGUUCAAGAGGGGCCCAACUAUCCUGACCAGAUGGCCCCUUUCCUUUCGUAUCUCGACAGCCCUGACUGCCCGUACACGGGAACCAUAUUCCGAUUCCCACUUCGCACAGAGAGUCAGGCACAGACAAGCAGGAUUAAAGAUACCGCAACCUCCGUUGAGGAGAUGCUCGAGCUUCUUGAGAUGUUCUGCAUGAAUGAGGCCGAGGAGACCAUUCUGUUCCUCAAAUACACCACUCAAAUAAAAGUGACACACGUCCAACGCGAUGGCAAUACAAUCGUCCUUGGGAUGGUCAAGGUAGAAAAUGAAGGACAGAGAGGAGAAGGUGCAACAUAUCGGCACAUCACCAUCACUCGCCGUGACGGCAGUGAGACGACACGCACGUGGUGCAUCUACCGCCUGACCACAAGUAGAGAGCAGGCGGCGGCUGUCAUCCAAUCGCAGCUUGGAUAUGAUGUUCUUGCCAAACUACAUACGGAGAAGCUUUCAGCGGUGGUGGAACUCGCUUUCCCGCUCGCAGGACCGCCCGCCAAUGGGCGUCUGUUUACCUUACUCCCAUUGCCUAUUUCUACUGGGUUUCCGGUACAUCUGAACGCAACAUUUGCCCUGACACCUGAUCGGCAAAGUUUGAAGAAUUUGCUGGAGGUCGGAAAUCAGAGAUCGCGUGAAAGGCUUCUUGUAGAGUGGAACAAAAUUAUGUUUGCGUUGUGGGCACCUUCAGCAUGGGCCGGUCUUCUUGUCGAGUUGGUCAGCCGCGAUUCCGUUGACCUGGGGUAUAUCUGGUCCAUUUGGCCCCCGCAGCAACUUGACAAGCGCACUUACUGGGCAGAUCUUCCUCGUAAAGUUGCUCAAGAGGUCAUCAAUCGUCGUCUACCUCUUUUCCCCUGCCUUCCAAGAGAUAGCCUUCCGAUUUCCUUCGCCUCUCUUCACGAUCCUUCUGUUUUGCUCGCAGGUCCUCAUCCAGGUAUUGACUUGGAAGCCCUUGUAAAUUUGGAUGUUUGCAUUGUCCAACCACCGCCAUAUCUUUUUUCCAUCAUUACCAGUCUGGGUUUGCCUUUUAAGGCAUCUAUCCUAUCUCCACAGUCCUUGUAUGAACGCCUGAUAAAGACCUAUUCCGAAACUCGACCGCCGCCAUGCAAUGAGACAGAUGUGCAUACCAUUACGGAUUACCUAGCCUCCUUGAACUCCUUACCAACAAUCGACCUCAUCCGUCACCUAGCUUGGUUCUCUUGCACAGAUUCAGAAAAUUCUCGCGUCGCUCUAGGCUCGGUGUCAAAAAAAUAUGUGAUACCUUUGACCGAGGAAGAGACGAUACUUUUCGGUGCUCAUCCUCAUAUGUUAUCGUGGGGCUGCAUGUCUGAAAGGUUACGUACACACGUGUCUAAUGCAUCUAAUUUUGUCACCUUGAACAUCUCCACGCUCAAACCUAAUGAUGUGGUCACUGUCCUCAACACAAAGUUCCGACAUUUCCAGCCACGGACGUCAGAGAUCAGAGAGGAAGAUCAUCGCUGGCUUGUUCAUUUCUGGUCCUGGAUGGCAAGGUGGCCAAAGUUGGAUGAAUUCUUCCGCAUCUCUUUAAACAAAUGUGGGGAUCUAUACAUCCUCCCAACUGCUGAAAGAAGCCUCCGGAAGUUGUCCAGUCGUUCAUUUAUUUUCCGCAACACCGCACCGGCUGCGGUCGAGGCCUGGAAACUUCUCGGCGUACAUCCGCUGCAUCCCGACCUCGCUGAUUAUCCUGCAUCCAUGAUGAAACCCGUUGUCGAAGCACCCAAAAGCAUCGGUUACGUCCCGCUCCUCAUACGUUCUUGUGAUACCAGGGCACAGUCACGUCUGUCCCAAGACGCGCUCAUUGCAUUGCAGAAGUCUAUCUUCGAAGGCCUUCCGUCCGCGGGGUCUCCUAGAUUCAUACUCUCCAGCCAAGAAUGCUCACGGCUUGCGGCGAUGCAGGUUUUCAGCUUGCGCACGCAACAAGGUGACUUGCAUACACUUGGAUCUAUUCGGGGUCACGCCAUCUACAUCGAAGUUGAUGACGCAUUUCCUCUUCCCCUCCAGCCGGACAUGGACGACGCAAUCUAUGUGGAUAUGAGGGACGAACCAACCGCACGAUUUGUCAAGCUCGUCAACGCUACGCUUCCCCCUGUUCUAAAUGAGGUUGAUUUUGUGCGGAUUGCAUUUGAUCACUGGGCACUGCAAACCUUGGAUGAAAAAGAUUAUAUUAUUUCUUGGAUAUUUGACCACCUCAGGGUCGUCCCCCAGGAACUAUUAACGCGUCUUAAAGAUAUCCCUUUUGUGGAGGUUGAAGGAACUGCGCAACGCGUCAUACCGAGUGGACUCAUUGACCCCACAUCAUCACUAGCGCCUUUGUACGCACAAGAAGUCGCCAAGUUCCCUGCUGGGGUAUUUCGCACCAAGUACUUGCCCACGAUGCGGAACUUGGGACUUUUGGACUUACGCCUCGAUGUAAAUGUCCUAAAGGAGCGCAUUGAUUAUCUCUCGACUGGUCACUCCGACCCUGAUCGCUUCCGAAAAGCAAAACAUUUAAUGCAUCUUUUGAAUCAGUCUUGGGAACCACAAUUCAAAGAGCAGAUUGUCUACGCGCGAUCAAGGAAAUGGAUGCCCUGCAGCCCUAAUGCUGCUCUUCCUCAGUGUCUCGAGUGCCCCUAUCAGUGCCGCGAUAGAUACAGCGGAAGAGGAAAAAAUGAAAACCCAUUCUACUUUGACCUUGCUCUGUCUAUUCUUCCCAGCGAGAUUCAAGUGGUCUCAAAUGCAUUCCGCGAGGCCCUUGGAUGGUUGGAUAUUAUCCGUCCAGAAACGUUGGUCAAACAAUUCCGAAUGACCGUUGAUCUUGAACCAAGUAGCGAGCGGAACGAUCGUCUCAUGGCGUUAAUCCAUUACCUUGGAUCUCUUCACCACGACCAUAAAUUAUCGUUUGAAGUUGUGGAAGACUUGAUCGCUGCCGCCGCUGAUAAGGCCUGGAUUCCGAUAUCUAAGUAUGGUGAAGACACUGUUAAAACUAAGUUCGCGCUGCUACUUCCAGAGAUUGAUCUCAAGCCACCCUUCUUCCAUAUUGAAAACUUUCAGUAUCCCGCUUUUCUGGAAGAGAUGGGAUGCACAGCUAGACCCAAGCUUGACGUCCUCGUCGAGGAACUAGCGCGCAUAGAUUUUGAGUCUGCUCGUGGCGUGGCUGCAAGUAUAUGCAUUCUACAAGAAAUAGCAGACGCACAUCCGGGUUUUGACGCUGGUUUAAUUCUGAUUCCGGGGGACAACAACGAAGGGCUACCACUUCACCGCGUGUUCUUCCAGGAUAUACACUUCCUCGGCCUUUCCGGUUGCAUGACUGAACUUGUCCCGACACACAGUUCCGUUUCCAGGGCUCUAGCGGAGUCGAUGGGUGUACCAUUCCUGAGCGCAUUGAUGCUGGAUACCAAUCCUGGUGGUGUAGAGGACGAAAAUGAAGAAGAAGAACAGAUGUCCGAAGACUUUGUCAAUCGUAUACAAGGUUUCCUUCGUGAAUUUGAUGUGCGCUAUGCACUCAACGAGUUCCUUGCCAAUGCAGACGACGCAAAAGCGUCAUAG